AUGGGUGUUUCUUAUUUUGCAUUCACCUCAAUCACACUCAUUGGACUAUUCGGAUCAGUGUCCGAUAUAUCAACUAUUUUCGCUUUUUCGAUUAUACGGAAUAGACAUUCAUUUUCACAAUCAAUCCAGAAAUAUGUUGACCUAUCAACCAUUAUUACCAUUGCCACGGGCACAGGUGUGCUGUUUUCAUUUCUUCAAAUUAUUCGAUAUGUCCGAGGGCUUCAGAUAGCAUCUACCAAUCUAGAUGAUCAAAUUUUGCAGCCUAUGCUCUUUCCUACGAAAACAAGUCAUUUGAGGCUAUUUCCAAAGAGACAUGGUUUCUCAUACUCCUAUCUUUUAACGGGCAUACCCAUUGGUUGGACAGGCUCUUCAGGAGGAAUGAUUUCAGUCGAUGAAAAGAAUGAUGGACUCCCAUGGUAUAGAAGAUUAUUAUCCCUUCAACCAAUGAGUCCUUGGUAUGUCGUGGAUGGAGAUUAUUAUUUGGAGAGGGGUCACGUCUCUGGCGGAUUAGAAGGAAAAUUGAAAAGAUUUCUUCACGAUCAGGGUUUAAAUCAUGAAGAUUAUCCAUUUGCAUAUCUCUUGACAUCUUCUAAGUUUCUUGGGUAUCAAAAUAAUCCGGUUUCAAUUUGGAACCUUUAUUCAAGGAAUAGAGAAUUGAAAGCUGUUAUCCUCGAAGUCAAUAACACAUUCGAUGAACGUCAUACUUAUUUUGUUACACCAAAAGAUGCGGAAGAUUCCAAAAUAGAGGAACAAAAAGGCAAACCACCAAGGUUCACAAGUACUUGGUCCAAGGAAUUUUAUGUUUCUCCAUUCAAUUCUCGAAGUGGUUCUUAUUCCGUCUCAGCUUCUGAUCCAUUUUUUCCAUCGCUUUCUGGACAUAAUCCUCUGGAUCUCACAUUGACGCUUAGUUCUACUGAACGUCCAUUCUUAGUAGCAAGAGUCUUCUCUGAUGGCCAUGCAUUCGACCCAUCUACCAUGUCGAUAUUCCAGAAGACUGAAUUUCUACUAUCAUGGUGGUGGGUAGGAUUCGCUACAUUCCCUCGAACAUUAGUCCAAGCCUCCAAAUUAUUUUUCAAACGGUCCUUACCCUGGGUUUCGCGUCCGGAACCAUUCAAAAAGACCAUUUCAAGACAUGCCGAUAAAACUCAAAUGUCUAUCGAGAGAUCAUUUCGACAAUUCUUACAACACCUUAUUGAGCUAGCGGACAAGCCUUUAGUUUUGAAGUACAGACCUGCUGGGCUUCUUGACAAUACCCCAGAAAUCAUGUUUUCUCCGUCAGCUCAAAUAUCACCGGAAUUAGCAAAACCCAUAGAAAUAUCAGUACUUACACCGAUUUUCUACACCCAAUUCAUCAAAUAUGUCGACAUCGUACAAGGGUUUGAAAUGGAAUCGAAAAAUGAAACUGUAUCUAUCUCUCACUUGAAUCUUUUAUGGACACGCCCUUUGAAGUCAGAGAAGCAAGCAGUGCCAGAAAACUUUCAUUCAUCGGAUGAAAAUACUCUUACCUGUGUAUUUUUCCGAGCAAUUCAUUCCACUCGUAUAUGCUCUCAUGCUGAUUCUGAUGCUCUUACUGGGAAUUUAUUUUCUUCAUUUGACAAAUACAUUCUGAAGCACACCGAUAAUGUCACUUCGAUGUUAUACCAGAGGAUACUGCUCAAGAUGUGGCUUUCUGAUUGGAUUGCUUUGGGAUGGGAGGAUUUAUUGAAUUUCCAAUGGUGGUUGGUAAAGAUUGGAGGCUUUUGGUGGUUAACAGGAAAGAUGUGGUUUAUUUAUUUAAAUGCAUACACUGGCUUGGGACAUUGA